AUGCCCGGCACCGACGCCACGGACGACACAGACGGCAUGCCCAAGGCCAUCGACACGGACGACACAGACGACACUGACGACAUGGCCAAGGCCCCCGACAUGGACGACACGGACGGCAUGGCCAAGGCCCACGAAAUACCCGGCACGAACAGCACGCUCGGUGUCCUCCCCAAGCUCGGCUCACACGCCCGUGGUCCCCGACCAGCCCUGCGCGAGCAGCACGCUCGCGGACCCAGACCAUCACGGCACGGAUGGCAGACCGCGGCCCCCGAUCUGCUCGACACGGACCCCAUGCCUGCGGACCCAAAGCACCCCCAAUACGGACGGCACGGCCACGGCUUUGAUCAAGCCCAGAAUGGACUGCAUGCUCGCGGACCAGUCCGGCCCGGAGCGGAUCUCAUGCACGCGGCCACCGAUCAGCCCGACUCGGGCUGCAUGCCGAUUCUCUACUACAUCGACUUGGACAGUACGCUUGCAGUCCCCGCCAAGCCCGAUACCGAGCGCACGUUCGUUGCGAUCGACAACUUCGCCACUGACGGCACGCCCGCGCCCCACAUGGACAGCCUGUCGUAG